UUGGAAUAAUGUUUCGUUCCAGAUUUUGACCCUUGUCUAAGCUGCUGGCACAAUUCUUUUCUAAAUUUGUUAUUGGGAAAAAACAAAAUUUAGUUCGGAAGUCUGUAAAAUAAGUGAAGUCUUGUAACUCAUCAUUAAGCGAUGAACUCUGUACGCUUGAUGUACAGGCGUAUCCAAUGCGCAUCCCAGGCCAAAUGUAGAGGUGUGGUACAGCGACGGCAGUACGCCGAGAAAUGCGACUCGGUUAUUAAGGGCGUUGUGGUGGGCGUGUACGCCAAGGAGGGCGACCGGCAGCCCAAGAUGACAUCAUCCGGCGAGAAGUUUGACGAUCGCGUGCAGGGCAAGAUCUCGGAUCUCAUACGCGAGACUGGAAUAAAGGGCCAGCUGGGAAAAGGCCGAGUCUUCAUGAACGUGGAUGCGGAGUUCCGUGCGGUGGCCGUGGUCGGCGUGGGACAGGAGGGUGCUGGCUUUAACGACCUGGAGAUGAUCGACGAGGGAAUGGAAAACGUUCGCGUCGCUGCCGGCGUGGGUGCUCGUGCCCUUCAACUGCAGGGCUGCACAGAUGUCUUCGUUGACUCGAUGGAGUAUCCGGAGCAGGCGGCCGAGGGGAGCUCUUUGGCCGUCUGGCGCUAUCAUACUAACAAGCGCCUACCGACCCGCAUACACAUUCCCAAAUUGGAGUUGUACGACUCUCCCGACUCGGAUGCCUGGCUGCGUGGCUUGUUUAAGGCCGAAUCGCAGAACCUGGCACGUCGCCUGUCCGAUACGCCGGCCAAUCAGAUGACGCCCUCAAUCUUUGCCCAGUCAGCGGUGGAUUCCCUGUGUCCCUGCGGGGUAUCCGUGGAGGUACGUGGCAUGGACUGGAUUGAGUCCAAGAGCUUGAACAGCUUCUUGAUGGUGGCCAAGGGCAGCUGCGAGCCGCCGAUCAUCUUAGAAAUCGCCUACUGCGGCACCGCACCCAAGGACAAGCCAAUCCUCCUGCUGGGCAAGGGUUUGACGUUCAACAGCGGGGGUCUCUGCCUCCGUCCAAAGGACUGUUUGUCCAUGUACCGCGGCUGCAUGGCCGGUGCAGCAGCCUGCGUCGGCGUCAUCCGUGCCGCCGCCGCCCUGUCGCUGCCCAUAAAUAUUACGGCACUGCUGCCAUUGUGCGAGAACAUGUCCUCUGGAAUGGCGGCCAAGCCUGGCGACGUAGUGACCCUUCUCAAUGGCAAGUCGCUCGGCUUCGUGGACGUCAGCAAGGCUGGUGUGGUGGCAAUGGCCGAUCCCUUGCUCUACGCUCAGGCUGCAUACAAGCCGUGCAUGGUCGUGGACGUUGCAACAGUUGGCUAUGGCGUCUGCCCAGCGCUGGGAGGAUCAGCCGCGGGGUUUUUUAGUAACUCCAAUUUUCUAUACAAGCAGUUCGAGAAGGCCGGUGCCCUUACGGGGGAUCGCAUUUGGCGGCUUCCCCUGUGGCGCUACUUCAAGGAGCUGAUCAUGCCGAACGAGACCUUUGACAUCAGCAACCGCGGGCGUGGCCCCGCCUCCAGCUGCAUCGCUGCCGCCGUUCUGCACGAGCUGGUCCCUUGCCUCGAUUGGGCCCACCUGGACAUUCGCAAUGUGGGCAUGCUGACGCGCUACAACCCGCUGCCGUAUCUGCUGAAAGACUGCAUGACUGGCCGACCCACACGCACCAUCGUUCAGUUCCUGUUUCAGAUUGCUUGCCCAGACAGAAAGUAAUCUUAUUUAGUUCGUUACCUAGUUUCUUUGUUAAUGUUCCUCGUUCCAAAUUUGUUUUGUACUGAAGUCACCGAUAUUUUUACACAAAUGGCCAAGAGGGACACGCCCAGAGCUUACACUACACAAGCACACAAGACAUCCACCAUUUUAUUGUUUAAUUUUAAUCCAGAAUAGCUUUAAGGAAGAAAAGAC